AUGUCCUGCAUAUCAACAACAAUUCUCCUCCUCCUCACCACCCUCGCUUCUUCCAUCCUCGCCCGCCCUCCAGACAUUACCUUCCUCUGCAACGAAAUGCCCGAAAUCUGCACCAACAUGUGCUGGGCCGUCCGCUGCGCCCAACCCUCAUUUCCCCAAACAUUCUCUCUCGGCCUCACCCCCUACGGAUACGGCUCCUCCAACAAAACCAAAACGUCAAUCUCCGCCAGCUGCCGCGUCAACGAGCUUUGCGGCACCCAAGGCUUCAACAAAACAGGCCAUCGCGGCCUUCCGUACUGCGCCUGCAACGCGUACCCUCUGUCCGUCACCUCCGAAGGCGCUGCAUUCCAUCCGCUUCCUCAGCCUCAUCGUGUCUCGAGAUGUGUGCCUGAAGAGGAGCAGUGCCUACAGCGCAGCCAGCUGGAGCUCUUCGCGAAGCGGAUGCAGCAACGCAGUGAUCAGCAACGCAUGCGUCAGCUGUCCAUCAACUUUGGCAAUCCAGGCGGCAUCAAGUACUGCAACAACGACCCCUGUGUCAAUGACGGAUUCGAGGUCCAGGAUGGCCGCGUCUGGAGAAAGAGUCGACGCUCUGAGGAGCGCAUGUUUACCUACUACAAGACAAAGUCUGGCAUCAUCGUCGCCUCGCUUGAAGAUGUGGAUAUGCCGUCGCCGAUUAUACGCCGUGUGGGGAGUGGUGAACCGGUUCCUCCUAGAUUCAGGACUUGGUUUGAACAGGCUCAUGAGGAGACGGUGCACAUGAUGGAGGAUACCAUCGUCCAGCGACUGUCGGAUCAAUCAGUUGGUGCUCAUCCAGUGGUUGAGUAG